UAGGCCUUCAUAAGGAUGGAUCUCAAAGACUCCUCACCCACUGAUACUGGUACAACACUACCCAUACUAGGUAUCGUCGUUUUGGUCUGUCCUUUCAUCUCAGUCGAGUUGAAGAUGCAAAACAUGCAAGAGGUUCUUCCAUUUGCCCGUGAGAUGCUGGAGCAGGGCACCAGCGGGAGGCUCCUGAAGAUCUACCUGCUGGGCUCGGGCCUAGCAGUCUGUGGGAUGGUGGGGGGUCUGGUGGAUGCCGCCUCCUUCAUUUUUGGUGAGAAGGAUACCAUCUCCAUGGAGACCGUGAGGUUUGAGCCCGUGAAAGCUGUGAAAGAGCAGAUGGUGCCCGUGGAGCCGGUGGUGCCCGUGGUGCCCGUGGAGCCCGUGGAGCCUGUCAACACUGCUGAGAGCGCAGCUGAUAUUUUUGAGGAUCAAGAGAUUUUUGCCAAAGCCAAGCAGAACCCAGCCAUCACACAGAGAAGAAGGAGCCGCUCCUUUGCGUCCUAGACCGGACGCACAUGCACACGCAGCAUAGACACGCAGAAAUAGAACGCAUUCAUGGCUACUCAUUUUGGACUUGGUUAUUAUGUGGUUUUGUUAGGUUUGGAUUACAUGUGGUGUAAUAAUGAUGAUGUGAUGGCUACUUGGUGGCUUCUAGAUGUGAUGUAAUAAGCUUUGGGGUUUGCUUAAGACUGGUGGUAACCUUGCACAUAUUUGUUUAUCAUCCCAUUAGAGCAAUGCUUAUGACACUAUGACACUGAAAAAUAUUAAAACUUGUAAAACAAAAAGAUCUUAUGAAAUUAAAUAAAUCAAGAUUUUUUUUAUUGUGGGUCAAGAUGUGCCAUUAUUCUAAGCACUCCCCUCCUCUUAAUAGAUAAAUACAAAUCUUUGGAUGUAGUGAUAAACAAGGCUUUUAGAGUAUUUUACUGCCUGAUGAACAUUUCACACUUCACAUUUCACACUAGAAGGGGUUAAUCAACAGUCUUUUAGAAAUUGCUUGUUAAGGCAUGUCCCUGGUCAUGAUUCUAUAAAUGUAUUUAUGAUUCAGAAACAGUUUUAAAAUCAUACCCAAAGCAGAGCAGAAGAUCCACCAUAAACCAAAUACAUUAUUUCAUAUACUCAAGUUCUGAUGGAUAACCACCAAGUCAAUGUGUGUGUUCUAUCUUUUGAUUGCUUGAUUAACUAUUAUAAGCUUGAGCACUUGACAUGUGUAUUAAUAUUCUGAGAGUUUGUAUACUCGUGAAAUCUUUUUCUGCCAAAUAAGACCUUCUCUGCAUCUGCUGUACAAUGCUGGUGAAUGCUAAAGCAUUAAAGUAAUAGAACCCA